UUCAUUCUUCGCACUGAGCGAGCAACAUGUGAUGGACAAGUGCAGACUACCUACUGACCCACACCUAAAUGUUCUGAUGGGCUAUUGUCUUAAUUCAGUAUCAGCAUUACCACCCGAGGCUGAACAGGUAGAUCUGUUGGACAAACAGCCAAAUUAUGGCAUCUGCGAAGAGUUUUGUUAUCGAACCUUUCUACAUAUACGUUGAAGCCUCCGCGCAUGAUAUUUUUUGGACCGCGGCGAUAAUUACGCUUUUGCAAAAUGGCGUCUUUCAGUAAUAGAAGGGGAUGUUACGUAUGUGCGGCGCUGUUAUUGCUGGCGUGUCCCCUGUCCGCUUUGGCACGCAGGAAUCCCACUAUGCCAAUAACGACGACGACGGAACUGCCCACUACGGAAUCCCUUGAAACAACGGAAACAGACGUUAUAGUUUCGACUGCUGCAGCACAGACUACCACUACUGCGUCAACGACUGCAUCGAAAAAGAAUGCCUCUACGACGUCUGACGUCAAAACUCAAACUGAAGCCUCGAAAAAACCUGUUCCUAGUUGGACCAAAACUAGCAUGACAUUAGGGACUAAAUCACCGGCAAAAGAUCCUGUGGAGCUUUUCUUGCGUGAGCCAAAAAUGCAAGCUGAUAAAGAUAAGGUCGACAAAAGAGGCCGCGCGGGGCGCAAAGUCGAAGAGCCGGGAGUCGCUGCCGGAAAGCCUGUGGCGUUAGCGGACGACGCAUCCAAUAAGGGCCAAUUCCUGGGAGCCGGAGAUUUCGACGACCAAUUACCCCUCGCCGCACCUAAGACCGGUAAUGUUGCUGCACCGGCUUCACGCAACGAUGACUACGAUGACGACAGUGCUGCCACCACUAAAGCCACUACGAAGAAAGCCACCACUAAAGGUAAAUCUGCGCAAGAAGCCACUACCCUUUCCGACGACUACUACUACGACGAUGACGUAACAAAUCCUCCUACGACCACCACAACGAAGCCAACGACGACCACGACGACAACGACUACAACAACCACAACAACGACCACCACUACCACAACACCCACCACAACUACCACCACCACCACGGCGGCAGCGGCAGCAACGGGUCAUUCCAGGAGAAGGAGAAGCACAACGCCGGGCAAGGCAGCGGAAACCAUCUUGACAACCACUGCAGCCAGUGCUAAGCCGCAGCCAAAACUUACGUACUCGAAGCCGGCUAAACAAGUCACGCCGGAUAUUGAUCUCAACAUGAUCAACAACGGAACGGAGCCUCUUCUGGAUGGGUCGUAUCUUAGUGACCCUUGGAUGUGCCGGGUGAAGCGAGGUGUUGUUAAAUCGCCGGUGGUCAUGGAGACGUGCACGGGACAGAAACGUGAAGUCGUAGACUUGAGAGUGUAUAAACUGGUGGGGAUUCCUACCGAGGAGUGCGUUACGACGCCGGUUGCCCUUGGGGACCGCUGCACAUCUCUGAACGGAGGGAAAGCCCGGUGCGCACAAAGAUACGUUCGAUAUGGAUUAAUCGCCAAAGAUACCGAUUCCGAUAAAAAGGGGCAUGAAUGUUUCCGAUUUCCUAGUGCUUGUUUGUGUCAGUUAAUAGUUGAUGGAAAGUCCGGUCUUCCCGAGAAAGAUGGUGUAGCAAAACUGCCGUGAUACCAUAGUUUGUUUUGCUUGCUGCAAGGGUUUGUCGUUUUCUAUCUCCUGUAUACAAAAUACGAUGUUAUUAAAAUCUUAAUGUAAGAAAAAUAUUUUUUUAGCUAUGCAAAUAUUGUUGUCGUAAUCCAACGUGAUUAAUUUAAGUUAGCUUCAGUUUUCAGUCUUCCGCAAACCCAUUGUGCCAUGAAUAUGCCAUGCGUCGGCAGUGUGAAAAAAUCUGAAAAAAAGUAAGUAGUCUAACCAGAAGAA